AUGAGUUGUGAUAUUCCCCCGUCUUUGCCUAAUGGCUACCCAGUGACUAGUAUAGACUCUAGCGGUCGGGAACCUUCUGUCCGAUUUACAUGUAAUCCGGGAUAUACUUUAUCCGGAGCUCCUAAUUUCUACUGUAACAAAACAUCUCAUAUCUGGUAUGGAAACACGGUCUGUAGUCAGGAAAAACUACCAGAGGUUUGGUUUUGGCUCCUGAUCGCCCUUGGAUCUCUAGUGGCAAUAGGAGCAAUAACAGCGCUCUGUGUUUACUGUUGUAAACGAUGUUGCUGGCGUAAUCGAAUUCGGAAAGUAGGACCGAUCCAUGACGAGGAAUACCCUCCCGGUGUCUGUGGCGGAUGUUGUGAUUACGGCGGAAGUUGUGAUGUUUGUGGUUGCGUGGACUAUAAUGGAUGUUGCUCGCUUUACGGGUGCUGUGGUUAUCGUGGUUUCUGUGGUUGCGGUUUUUUCACGUGUUGUCGGUGUUGCAGAGAACCAGAUGACACGCAUGUGCAAGGCAAUAGGGGUUUACAUGAGAGAGGCAGAAGACGAAAGGGGAAAUGGUGGACGGGAAUUCUUUCUAAAAGGACAAAUAUGAAAGCGAGGCGGAAACGAAGAGACCUCUGGCGGCGGUGGCGUUCCAGCAGGCCCGAUAAUCCAAUGGAUGAUGAAGUAUACAACAAAGUCAGGAAAAAUGCCAAGGCGAUCGCUAUAUGGCUCCCACAUUCAAACCCAGUGAGAUCCAACAACACAAGCACAAAAUAAUUAAACAGUACAUGAACAUGUAUUCUUUUUUGUAUUGUGAUU